ACCUCGGACAUGGGGCGCAUAUGCAGGAGGCAAAGCCGCCUAAUUCAUUUUCCACAAUUAAAAGGAACAUACUUCGACAAAAAAAACUUUUGUUAUAUAUAUCCUAUUCAUAUAUAUAUUCUAAAGUAGGAUCCAAUUUUCCUCUGUUGAUAUCUAUACUCCCAUCCUCUAGGUAUAUCCCAUCCACAAUGUUAUCCAGAUCCUUUGCCCGUGCCACAAAAUCGGUCGCCCACCAAAAGAGACUCUUGUCAUUGCACGAAUUCCGUUCGGCCGCAUUGUUGAAACAAUACGGCGUUGGCGUUCCUGCUGGUGAAGCUGCCACCACCCCAGAAGGCGCUUACCAGGCCGCCAAAAAUUUGGGUACCAACGAAUUGGUCAUUAAAGCCCAAGCCUUAACCGGUGGAAGAGGUAAAGGUCACUUUGACAACGGCUUCCAAGGAGGUGUCAAGGUGAUUUCCUCCCCUGAAGAAGCCCAGGAAUUGGCAGAAAAGAUGUUGAAUCACAAGUUGAUCACCAAACAAACCGGUGCUGCUGGUAAAGAAGUCACCGCCGUGUACAUCUGUGAAAGAAGAGACGCCCUCACCGAGGCUUACCUCGCCAUUUUGUUGGACAGAUCCACCCAAUUGCCCAUGAUUGUGGCCUCUGCCCAAGGUGGUAUGGACAUUGAAGGGGUUGCUGCUGCUGACCCAACGGCCAUCAAGACAUUCCUGGUGCCUUUGGGCGGCGGUGUUUCUGACGCCUUGGCCACCGAGGUUGCCUCCGUGUUGGGAUACACCCCAGAAGCCAUUCCUGAAGCCGCCAAGGCCGUGCAAAACUUGUACAAGGUGUUCCAAGAAAGAGAUUGCACCCAGGUAGAAAUCAACCCAUUGUCUGAAACCCCUGACCACCAGGUGUUGGCCAUGGAUGCCAAAUUGGGUUUCGAUGACAACGCCAGCUUCCGUCAAAAGGAAGUGUUCUCAUGGAGAGACCCUACUCAAGAAGACCCUCAAGAAGUGGAAGCCGCUGAGUACGGAUUGAACUUCAUCAAGUUGGACGGUAACAUCGCCAACAUCGUCAAUGGUGCUGGUUUGGCUAUGGCCACCAUGGACAUCAUCAAGUUAUACGGUGGUGAACCUGCCAACUUUUUGGAUUGUGGUGGUACUGCUACUCCUCAAACCAUUGAAAAAGCCUUUGAAUUGAUUUUGUCUGACAAGAAGGUCAACGGGAUUUUCGUCAACAUUUUCGGGGGUAUCGUCAGAUGUGACUACGUUGCUGAAGGUUUGAUUGCUGCCACCAAGAACUUCAACUUGGACAUUCCUGUGGUUGUCAGAUUACAAGGUACCAACAUGGAGAAGGCUAAGGAAUUGAUCAACAACUCCGGCUUAAAGUUGUAUGCCUUCGAAGACUUGGACCCUGCUGCCGAGAAGAUUGUGGAAUUGGCACCAAAGGCUUAGGUUCAAAAUAUGUAGAGAAUAAACGUAAAGCUCGCUCA